UCGGGUCAUUUUGACUCCAGACUCGAGCGAGAAACAUUCAAAAUUAGCAGUGCUAGCGUUCGGAAUAAGUAGAAGGUGAUUUUCACAGGUCGUGAUACUUGGGUGAAAUAGAAUCGAAACCAUGCAGGUGGCUGGAGCUCUGGUUAAUUUGCUGCUGAUUGCGGCCUGCUGCUAUGCGAUGUACUCCCUAACUCCGGCGGACAAUCCCUACGGAUAUUUGGCAGCAGCCUUCAGUUUAGUCCACGGUUUGCUUGGCCUGCUGCUGUCAUUCUCCGAGGAGCCGGACGAGUGCGAUCGCACAUUCCUGAUCUCCGCGAGCAUUCUGGAGGUCAUUCCGCUGCCGCUGGCGAAUGUCGAGUUCUACCUGGUAUCCGACCAAUCGGGAGUGGCCAUGGUCCAUGGCCUGUCGCUCAUCCCGCUGUUCUACGACAUGAUCGGCAAGAUCGGUGACGAGUGGGAUGGCUCCGCAAAGACGCUGAAGGACUUUGCUCUCCUCGGCAACAUUGCAUCCACUUUCUAUCUGGCCGUAAAGGAUGGCAAUCACAUCUACGGUGGAGUGGCUGUCACUGCGAUUAUUGCGCGUUUUGGCGCCCUUCUGAUUGAUCUCUUCGCCGAGGGCUUUGGCCCUCAUGUGGCCACAGUGGGAAACGCCGGCAUCCUGGCCCUCAUGACCUACGCCCUCACUCAGGGAUAAUCGCUCAACCCAAAGUUCAAGUUCGGCGAAUAAAAAGUAAAAUCAA